AUGGAGGAUAACGAAGAAGCCGUUCAAGAUGCACUGGGUGGUUCGGGAGGUACUGCUGCUGAAGAAGAGCAGGCUCAGAAGGUUGAAAACAAAAAUUCCAUGGAUAUGCAGCUUGAAUCUCAAACAGAGCGCAACUACGAAGAAAAAUCUCCACUGUUGUAUGCUAUCGAGAAUCCUGAAAUGCUGGGCGACGGUCAGGUUUUUCAAGUUAGGGAAAAUCUGGAGUCUGUACAAGCAGAAGAUGAGAAUGGUGAAACAGAAUUGAAUACUGAGAAUGGGCUCCUAGAGGAUGAUUUUGAAAAUGAUUCCACUAGUAAAGGGAAUAUUCAGGAGGGAGUGAAAGGGAAGGUGAAAGAGAUGAAGGCUGUGGCAAAUAAUGGAAAUGAGGUGGUCACUGAUACAGAGGUUCAUCCAGAUGAUGAGAUGGAGGUGUUGAAGAACGAGCCCGCUGUUAAAACUCCUUCAAAGUCCUUCCUAUUAGAUGCCAAUGAUGUUUCAGGGGAUGAGUCUGGCACGGAGGAGGAGCAAGCUGCAUUUAUGAAGGAGCUUGAAACUUUCCACCGAGAAAGAUGCUUGGACUUCAAACCUCCAAAAUUUUAUCAAGAGCCAUUGAAUUGCCUCAAGUUGUGGAGAGCAGUAAUCAGACUUGGUGGUUAUGAACAGGUGACUUCACUGAAGCUGUGGCGGCAAGUAGGAGAAUCCUUUAGGCCCCCAAAGACCUGUACUACUGUCUCUUGGACAUUUCGAGGUUUUUAUGAGAAGGCACUGUUGGAAUAUGAGAAGUACAAAAUGCGUAGCGGCGAGCUACCUUUCACUGAUUCUUCUUUAGCAGAUCCUGCUUCUGGCAAUCAGGUAGAUCUAAGUAAUCCUUUAGGAUCAGGUAGAGCAAGAAGGGAUGCUGCUGCUCGUGCCAUGCAAGGAUGGCACUCACAGCGGCUUCUUGGUAAUGGUGAGGUUGGGGAUCCCAUCAUUAAGGAUAAGAACCCAAUUACAACACCAAAGCGUGAAAAGCAAUUAAGAAACAUUGGUUUCCUGAAGCGCAAAGGAUCUUCUCCUGUUGAGCAUGCUGUAAAAGUUGCGCAUGUGGCGCCAAAAUCACAAUCAGAGGUAAUGGUUAUGGAUGUUGGUGUCCCUGCUGAUUGGGUGAAGGUCAAUGUGCAGAGAAUGAAAGACUGCUAUGAAGUGUAUGCUUUAGUUCCUGGGCUUUUGCGCGAGGAGGUGCGUGUGCAAUCUGAUCCUGCCGGGCGGUUGGUAAUAUCUGGGCAACCCGAACAGCAAGACAAUCCCUGGGGUGUCACUCCAUUUAAAAAGGUGGUUAGCUUACCUACUAGAAUUGAUCCUCAUCAUACGUCUGCUGUGGUGACCCUUCAUGGGCAACUAUUUGUUCGUGUGCCAUUCGAGCAAGUAGAUAACUAG